AGAAGACAUCACACAACAUCGAGCAAAAAUAAAAACGACAGGCAUAAUUUCGUCAUCAAGAUCAUCCUUGCCACCAGAAUCAGCAUUAUUAUCAUCAUCUUCAUCAUCACCUUCAUCUACAUCAUCAUCUACAUCAUCCUCGAUAAUUUCAUCCUCAUCAACAUCGUCAUCAUCCUACUCAUCGUCGUCUUCUUCCCCUCUACGACCACCAUCGUCAUCAUUCCGGCCCUCAGUACCAUCACUAUCACUGAUGAUGCUGGUUACAACAGUAUACGUCUUCGUCAUCUUCGUCAUUGUAUCAGAUUCCAAAAAAUUUUCAAAAGAACUUCCAAACUUUCCUGGACUCUACGCCAUGGGUUACAAGUAUUUGACGAGGAAGGAGAGGGAAUCGAACGGUAGUAGAACAAAGGAGGAACUCAGGCCAUCAGCUGUGAUGCAGAAGCUGCUAACUGGCUACGUCAGGACUGAUCCGCCAUCUUUUUCAACCACCGAAGUUGAGCUGGGUGUCUACAUCAUCAGUUUCUAUUCGGUCAACGAACAAACCAUGGACUACUCAGUAAGCAUGUACUUGCGACAGAAGUGGCAAGAUCCUCGACUAGACGCCUUCAGCUACAUGGGAAACAAGUCCCUGAGAAUGGGUGACAAGGGCUGGGAGAAAAUUUGGGUACCAGAUACCUUCCUCAAAAACGAAAAAGGAGCUAGUUUUCAUUCAGUCACAGUUGACAACCGCCUGAUCGAGAUCAGGGCGCCUACGACUGUCUGGUAUGUUAUCAAGAUAUCAGCAACGUUGUCGUGUCCAAUGACCCUCGAAAAUUUUCCUCUGGACACCCAAGUCUGCCCCAUGUCCUUUGAAAGCUUUGGAUACACGGCGACUGUCAUGAACUUCAGCGAAUUCAAGAACCAAGAGUUUCUGGAGACGGAGAAGAAGGUGGAGAUGCCACAGUUCAGCCUCAUAGCUGCUUCCUCCAAGGACUGUUCCUCUAACUACACCUCUGGGAUAUAUCCCUGCUUGGAAAUCAAGUUCUACUUGAGACGGGACCUCGGCUACUUCAUCAUCCAGGUGUACGUUCCCAGCGUCCUUAUCGUCAUCCUCUCCUGGGUCUCCUUCUGGAUCAACGUGGAUGCCAGUCCCGCCAGGGUCUCUAUCGGGCUGCUAACUGUCCUCACCACCACAACUAUGAGUAGUGGUGCAAGAGCAACACUCCCACGAGUUUCAUACAUAAAGGCCAUCGACGUCUGGAUGAUUGUUUGCCUGGUUUUCGUCUUCACCUCCCUCAUUGAGUAUGCAGUUGUUAACGUUUUCGCUAGGAAGGUUGCACGCCCACCGAAGCACUUCAACAAUCCGCCACCACUGACGCCCCGUUUGCCGCCUCACCACCACAUCCACCACAGCGGGGGGUGCGGUUGUGGCAACAAGGGGUCGUGUAUAAUGGCCAGCAGGGACUCUGGCAACCCCAUCGUAACGAAAUGUUGCAUUGUAAGUGUUUUUUCAUGAUACAAUUUUUUAUUAUCCUGUAAAAAAAAACCCAGAAUCUGAUAGACGCAGACCAAAUCAAUACAUCACUCAUACGCUUCUCAAUUAGUUAAUUUGACAUGAUGCUUCUUGAAAUUGAAAAAUUUAAUUAAACCUUUACAACAUUCGAAA